UCCCACUUGUCGUCAUUGUACAGAGUUACCAGAAGAAGGAGCAGGAGCCUUUCCUGUAGCACUCACCCUCAUCAACCUCAAGGAGAUAUACAGUUUAAUGAAGAAAGUAGCUGAUCCUCAACAGGUCACCUGUAAUAACUGUAAUGCAGCUAAUGCCACUGGAUACUGCAAAGACUGUGGUCAGUUCCUUUGUACAGAAUGUAUCUCUACCCACAAGAAAUGGGCCCUUUUUGCUAACCAUCAGCUGAAAAGUCUUGAUGAGGUGGCUACUUCUCAAUUAAAACAGGAGGCAACCCUUACGUGCUCCACUCAUAACAAGAAAAUGAAUUUCUACUGUGAAACAUGUGAUAGUGUUUUAUGUCGUGACUGUACAAUUGGUACUCACAAAGGCCAUGAGUAUGACUUAGUCUCUGCCAGUUAUACUAAACACUCUCAAGACUUGGAAGAUUCUCUUAACCUGGUAAAAGGGAAAAUUAAAGCACUCAAGAAGGUCAUGUCUGCUUUAUCAGAGAGAGAGGGUGAGAUCAGAGAGAGAGGAGAAGGAGUCUUAGAAGAAAUACACAACAUGGUUGAGGAAAUGGUGAAUGUUCUUCGUCAGUCAGAGAGGAAACUGACUGAGCAGGCAAGAAAGGUCACUGAUGCUAAACUAAAGGUGCUGUCAGAGCAGGUCAAAUCAGCAGAAAUGAGUUUGAGUCUUUUGGAGGAUGUUGAGAAUUAUGUGGAACAGAGUCUGAAGACAGGCAGUCCUCAACAAGUCCUGAGGUCUAAGAAACAGAUGAUGGAGCGUAUGAAUGGUGUUACUGCAGAGAUCAAUGUGGAGGAGUUAUAUCCAAAGGAAAAAGCUGACUUUGUAUUGAGUAAAGAUAUCAAAUCACUACAUCACAUUGGAGAUAUUGUGAGCUAUUCAUCUACUGCACUACAGCAGUGUAGAGUAAAGAAGAUUGAUUGCAUUUCACCUGCUGGCAAAGCAAUUUCAUUUUCACUAUCAAUAGAGGCGCCAGAUUCAUCUCUUUUGUCUGCUCCCCUUUCUUCUCUGAGGUGUAGCCUAGUACCAGUUGGUAAAGGUGAUCAACCCAUUCGCACUACAGUCACUACCACCAGCACUGAUCCUGGAGUGUAUAGGAUACAGUGUAGCCCUUCUACAAAUGGUACUCAUACAUUAAAAGUACAAGUAUAUGAUGUACAACUUAAAAAUGCUUCACUAGUCAUCCCGUUCAAUCCUUACCUUGAUAACAUCACUCCAGUACGUACCGUAACUGAGCUUAAGUGUCCCUGGGGAGUUGCUGUAAGUGAUAAUGAUAAUCUUAUAAUAGCCGAGUAUAGGGGUAGUUGUGUCACAAUACUGGAUAGAGAAAGGAAGAAAGUGAAAUCGUUAGGAGGAGAAGAAGGGAGUGGUGAUGUCAAAUUUUCUACUCCUCGUUGUGUAACCAUUACUCCAGACAAAUUCAUUCUUGUAACGGAUAGACAAGUUAUCCAGAAGAUAAACAUGGACGGAUACCGCAUAGCAACGGUUGGUCAGGAGGGCAGUGGACCACUACCAUUUAGUAAUUCUGUUGGUAUAGCCAUUUCUCCGAUAUCCGGACAGGUUUAUAUUGCUGAUAAGGAUAAUGAUCGUGUACAAGUCUUUAAUCCUGACCUAACCUUCUCUCUUUCUUUUGGUAGUAAAGGAUCAGCUAAUGGAGAGUUUGACUAUCCACAUGGCAUUGCCAUUGAUAGUCAAGGAUUAGUGUAUGUUGCUGAUUGUUGGAAUCAUCGCAUUCAAAAGUUCUCUCCAGAUGGAAAGUUUGUGGGUAAGUUUGGUACGGAAGGAUCUGGUCCUGGACAACUCGAUAGUCCAUAUUGUUUAACAAUUGACACUGCAGCUACUAGUCUAGUUUAUGUUAGUGAAUUAGGCAAUAAUCGUAUAUCAGUCUUCACUAGUGAUGGUGUAUUUGUUAGUAAGUUUGGUUGUAAAGGCAGUGAUAUUGGUCAGUUUUAUCAUCCAAAAGGAUUAGCAUUUGAUAAAGAUGGAUUCUUGUAUGUUUGUGAUUAUAGAAAUAACCGACUUGUGAUUUAUUAGAAUUUCAUUAAUU